AUGGCGGCGGCGGCGGACGUAUCCUCGAAGGGCGUGGUCGAGUUCGAGGUUGUGGAGGGUGGCCUCGUCGUCGUUCGAAGAGAAGCAGAGGAAAUUAGCAAAUCAUCGGCACAGAACGGUUCUCGAAUCGCCAUAUUAUUAUUAUUACUAUCAUUAUUAUUAUUAUUAUUAUUAUUAUUAUUAUUAUUAUUAGUAUUAUUAUUAUUAUUAUUAUUAUUAUUAUUAUUAUUAUUAUUAUUAUUAUUAUUAUUAUUAGUAUUAUUAUUAUUAUUAUUGCUAUUAUUACUAAUAUUAUUAUUAUUAUUGCUAUUGUUAUUAUUACUGCUAUUGCUAUUAUUAUUACUAUAA